AAGGGCAUCAAGCCAUCGCUUUGUUCAAAGAUGGCGAACGUGGUGCUGGAGUUCAAGGCUUCUGCCGGAGACUCCGAGCCCCAAAAUCGCCCGGUCCUCAUUGUCGGUCAACUGAAUAACCUGCAGCAAGCAAACUGGACCCAAGUCAAGGGAAAAUUGCAGCCAGCUGUCAGCGAAAAGGUGAGGAAAUAAAAAAAUUAUCGGAGCUGCUCGCGCUAGAACAGAGUGGCGCCAGAGCUCCCCGGCAAGCACUCACUUGUCCUCUCGCGCUAACUUUGCAAGCUAGCGUCAGUAAAAAUGUUAUAGCUAACUAACUAGUAAUUAUAAUAUGAAAUAAUGCUUAAUUUGACUCUUGGUAUUGUGAAACAGUUCAAUGGGCCAUGUAUAGCUCCUUACAUUGAAUCUGACUUAAUGCUAACGACGUUGCCUAACUUGUUUGCUAGCUAAGUUAGCUAUCACAAAUCAAGUCAUGCUAGCUUAGCUUUUAACAUGUCAUCUCCAUUCUCCAACCAACCACAUUGGCUCGUUACUUGAUCCCUGACUAUUUUAUUGGCCUUUAUUCUUUAAUUUCAAGAAAUUCUAAUUUGUAACUUUUCCCCCAUUUUACUUGAAGGAAAGUCAGUCUUACUGGGUUAACUAGCAUGUUCCAACCUUCGCAAUUAUGUUCAUUUGUCAAGUUGCAUGUGCCCGACUAAUCUAACUAUUGUUGCUCAUGACUACUUAAUGUUUGGUCCAGCCAGGUUGACUGUGGAGUCAGACCAAUUAUAUUUUGCCACUAAUUAGUCUUUUGACCAAUCAGAUAUUUUGCCAAUAAUUGGGGAAAAUUGUCAUUUGACAUUUACAUUUUAGUCAUUUAGCAGACGCUCUUAUCCAGAGCGACUUACAGUUGGUGAGUACAUACAUUUUCAUACUGGCCCCCCGUGGGAAUCGAACCUACAACCCUGGCGUUGCAAGCGCCAUGCUCUACCAACUGAACUACACAGGGCCAGAUCAGUAUUGGGCAGCCUGUGUGAACGCAGCCUCCUAUUUGGUCUUCUGCUUUGCAAAUAUAUUAUCACUCAGUUUGACAACACUGUGUGUGCAACUUGCAGGUGAAUUGUUCAACAAUUUGCCACAUUGUGUCAGACAACUUAUGUCAUAUGCCUUCCCAAGUCUUACUGUAUUCAGGGCCAUUCAGAAUUGGUGCCAGCGCUUAUGUGAUCAUCAUAAUAUAGCCAGUGAUUGUCACUCAGUCAGAGCUAACAAAGUGAAAUAUUUGUUCUUUAUUUUUUAUCCAGGUCUGGCAGGCGGCCCUCACUGCUCUGAACCCUAACCCUACGGACAGCUGCCCUCUCUACUUGAGCCAUGCAGCCGUGGCAGCCCUGCCCUCCCGGGUUAGCAGACACAACAGCCCCUCCUCUGCCCACUUUCUUUCCCGUCUGGUCCGUACCUGCCUGCCUGGAGGGACGAGCCGCUGCAUCCUGGUCAGUCAGUUCACCGUACUGAGAUUAAAGACCUAUACGGGGCCGGUUUCCCAAACACAUUAAGCCUAGUCCUGGAUUUAAACGCACUUUCAAUGGAAAUUGUCCAUUGAGAAUAGUUUUUAGUCCAGGACUAGGCUUAACCUGUGGCGGGAAACAUGCCUGUGGAGUUUAUGGUAAUGCUGACCUGAUCUUCCAUUAUGCGUCAGACACCAGACAUUUAUUAUUAGAUCCUUAGUGAUAAUGUGAUCGUUAAGCCAUAGAUGGGCCCCUACAGCUGUCCAAAGUCUCAAACAAAUAAAGGUUAGGCCUACAUGUGGUUGCAUAGGUCAAGUAGGCCUAUGUCCUGUCUUCUUUUGAUUUUACUUCUAAGGCAAUAUGCCAAAUUGCAUGCUUUGUGAUUAACACACUGCAUUCAUUGAUCAUUUUAGACAGACCUUUAUAACAGAUUUGUUAUCAGACAGUAAAAGUGUGUUUGUUCCUGUCUGUCCAGGUGGUGUGUGAGCGGUCUGAUGUGUUUGCCUCAGCCUGUGCCAUCGCCCGGGCCUUCCCCAUAUUCUCCCGUCGCUCUGCCUCCUCCCGCAGGACCGAGAAAAAAGAAGUCACUGUGGAGUUUAUCACUGUGGGCCAAGAUAACGGACCACUGGAACUCACUAUACUGCAGGUACCUCUGACUUCUAUACUAGUGAAUUAUGUGUGUCUGUCUCAUUGCCAGAGCCAUUGUGGACCUAUAUCAGCCACUGUUGUUGCUGCCACCCACUGGUUUGGUUUUGUUGCUGGCUGACCAAACUGACUCCAAGAUCUAUAUGGAGUGCUUUUAUGAUGUGCAUUUACUAGGGGUGUAACAGUACAAGUAUAAACCGUUUGGUACGGGGACCUCGGUUCGGUCCGCACUGUGAACCUGAAUGAAUACAUUUAAAAAUAGAUUUAUAAAAACAAUAGGCCUAUAGAGUAAAUCUGAGCUGAAAAAACAUUUUUAGGCUAUUCUGUUAAAAACAACUACAGCGCUCGACAUUGAGAUUUGUCCGCUUGCCCAGGGCAAGUAAAACAAAUUGUUGGACAAGCAGAUUAUAGAUUUAAAAAUCACUAUCAAACAAUUAUGCUACUCCGAUCAGAAUUGGAUCAGUAUCCUCCGGACGCGAUGUUUUGCUCACUCUCCGCCCAAUGUCUGUAGUGUGCAUCGGAGUAUCAUUAUUGUAGGCCUGCAUUGACAGGCACGAGCGGUCUUUCAAUCAUGCAGUCACGAGAUGUUUUUGAGAUCAAAGCGAGCAGUGUUUGCACAUUUGUUGAUAUUCAUUGCUAGUGACGUAUUUGCCCAGUUAUAGCACAUUUUUGGUCAGCAAUUAAAAUCCUGGAAAAGUAAUUGUGUGUGCAUUACCUGCAGAGAGCGAGACUAACUAGAUAGCAAAUUCAAAACAUGUUGUAAUUUGGCUGCUUAACUAUUUAGCAUACAUUAAUGUCAUUGUCAUAAUAACUUUUCACCGGCACUCGUGUAUAACCGCAAAUGGCCAACACGCAGUUGAUACGUGUGCGCAGUUGAUGAAACCAAUGCUGCAUACUGUUGUAAAACUGUCUCUCAAGCGCUCAAAAUUGGCUAGGAUUCUCUUCUAUUCAAUACUAGCCAUGUAAUUCUAACAAAGUAAAAAAAUAAUAGCCUAAUUGACAAGUAACUCCUAUGCGGUCAAGAUCUCCUCUGAACACAGAAUAUUUUAACCAUACAAAUAGAUAAACACCUUAGUUAGCUACCUUAGCCAUUGAUCCCUGGUUCAUUGAAUGAGGGAAUUAUUUUACAAACACAAAGUAUUUGGUUGUAAUUGUAAUGUUGCAGGGUUGCCAAGCCUCAUCCUGUAGAGUCCAGGAGAGCUAAUAGGUGUGCAGGCUUUUGUGUCAGCCCUGCUAGAACACACCACAUUGUAAAAUAAAAUCAGCUGCUCAACAGGACCUUGAUAAGCUGACUCUGUUUAAGCAGGGUUGGAUAAAAAGCCUGCACAAUCAGUAGCUCUCCAGAUGGAGGGUUAACGGACCACGUGUUUUAUACAGUAGCCUAUCAGUGCAGUAUUUUACUUUGUAGGGGGGUUGUUAAGUGCCUUCUAUGUAGCCGUUAGCGAUGAUGCUAAUAAUGACAACCGUCUUCUGGUAGAUGGAAAGGCUUUCCCAAAAACCUUCUCAAUGUUAACUACAAAGUAGUCUAUGCAUACCUGGCAGAAUGAUAUGAUUAUUUGCAUCAAUCAGUGGUGAUUUGUUCAGCAAACUCUGCAAUCACAUGUGUGCUACAGAAACACUGCUAACCAAGCAAGGCUCUUGCUGGUGCUCACCUAAAUUAAAGGGUAUCUACUAGAGUUGGGUGAUAUCGACAAAAAUCCAUAUCGCGAUAAAUUGACAUUUAUUGCUUUAACGAUAAAUACUUUUUUUGAGGGGGAGGUGCACAGUUACUCUACCCUGGCUGACGCGUGACUACACAGCGAGCUGCAAAAUGUAGAGGCUGGUGUUAGAAAGACUACAGUUACUCUCCAUUACCGCCCUUUUUCAUUACCGCCCUUUUUACACUGUCAUAAAUUGCCAUAUUAGCCUACGUUAUUUGGUUACCAGGUGAUCCAGCAUAUGAUUUAUAAGAUGAUAUAACGCUGCUACAGAAAGAUACCUGUAUUUUUAACAUUCAUUUAGUUAUGCAUUUCUUAUUUUUAAAUGUAAUAGCAUUUCAAACCAAGUUCAAGAUCAUUAGUAUAUUUAUUUGGUAAUUGCAGCAUAUUAUUUGCUCCAAACACAAUCAAAAUGUAGGCCUAUAACUUUUUCCUCAAUUAUAUUUAACUUUAUUACAAUAGAAAUACAUAAUGAUCGCGAGAUUAAGUCUAUGGCCAAAACACUGCAACCUCGUCCAUCCAGUUUGGUUGUUGACUUUCACGACGUUUUCCCCACUGUCCGUCGCAAUGCUGAUCCCAGGCUGCUAGCGAGAUCCACAGCCCCUGGUCUGGGCUAUCAUCUCCCCAGUGUGGUCCUCUGGAAAGCCUGCUGCACGGCUUCCAGUCGGGAUCGAUGUAGGGCAGUGUCAAUUACAUUUUUGGAUCCAGUUGUCGCGAAAUGGUGCACCUGUUUAUAAUUUUUUUUGCAUGACAUUUCUUGUACAUGGCAUAUUGUAUUUAUUGUCCAGAGUGUGAACCAUCUACUUGAACCCACUUUGUUCAACUGUUGAAUUUGGGGCCAUGUCUUUUGCGAUGUCAUGUUAUUUCAUUCCACCGGUGAGAGCGUUGCGUAGGGAGUUGUGUGUCUGUGUGCAAACUAUUCCGUAUUGGGUUGUUGCCUGGGCUUUGCUCUUGUCAUGCCGCUUGUUGGCCUCUGCCUCAUUUGUCUUCGCCAUCCAUUCGUCAUGCUGUAUUACAUGCCUGUGUUUCAAAGGGUGGAAUAAGUUGCUCGUGUUUUCUCAACCUGUUGCUAUAGUUUUGCGACAGUUCAAGCACACUGCCUCACUCUGCUCGAUGUCACUAGGUUUAAAAGCAAAAUAAACCCAAACAACCGACACAGCAUCCUUCUUUGGCAUUAAUUGUUCUUGGAUUUCUGAGACUGCAUUUUCUUCGUCGCCGUUCAUUUCCCCCGCUAUUGAACGAAGCUACUCGCAACAUCACUUGGGAGAGAUGCCAACAACCGGGUCGGAAGCGUGGGAUAGAACGCUGCUCUGAUUGGCUGCUGUAGUCUUGUUUCAAAUUAAACUGCAUAGAGGAGUGUUGAGCUCCAGAGCGCAAUAAUUUUUUUCUAUGGCGUUUCGCUUUCAUAUAUGCCGCGCGGCUCCGUAGGUUAUUGUUGAAUGCAGGCAGGAACAUUGUAAUCGCCUAAAAUUACAGACAUAUGCAAAAUUGCUUCGGUAUGAGGAUAUAAAUGUCGGUGUCUGUAAUUUCCGGUUUAUAGUCCCAGCUCUAGUGAAAAUGUAUUUGAUUUUCCCCGAGACCUCAAAUGGUCUCCUUAUGUGGUUUAAGCAUGGUUGUGGACUUAGAACCUCAAAUUUUGUUUUCCCAUAUAAAAAGUGUGAUUUUGAGAGUGAACCUGUAAAACAGGGAAAAAUCUGAAACCUGGAAAACAGAAUCGGGCAAAAAAAAAAAAAAAGAUUUUUAUAAUAAUAUGCCAUUUAGCAGACUCUUUUAUCCAAAGCGACUUACAGUCAUGCGUGCAUACAUAUAUAUUUUUUUGUGUAUGGGUGGUCCCGGGGAUCGAACCCACUACCUUGGCGUUACAAGCGCCGUGCUCUACCAGCUGAGCUACAGAGGACCAUAUAUAGGGCCCUACAUUAUGUCUCAUGACCUAUUCCUGGGUUAGUUGACCUCAUGACCCAUUCCAGGGAUGUAGCUCAGUUGGUAGAGCAUGGCGUUUGCAACGCCAGGGUUGUGGGUUCGAUUCCCAUGGGGGGUAUGAAAAAUAAAAAAAUAAUGUAUGCACUCACUAACUGUAAGUCGCUCUGGAUAAGAGCGUCUGUUAAAUGACAAAAAUGUAAAAUGUAAAUGUAGUUUAGCAUAUUUUGCCAAAACAAAAAUGAACUACAGUAACUGCUGGCAUUAGGCUUAUACCAUAUACUGGGGUAUUUGGAAAAAGCCACAGGAUGGUUUUUCAGUACCGUUGAAACUAACUUUUUUAAUAAAUGUGCAUAUUUGUAAAUACUUUUAAAGUUAAUACCUGCAGUCAACUUGUGCAAUACAUUAGGAGAUAAAGAACAUUGCCUUCUUCAUUUCAGCUGUCACAUUAUUAUGAAGCUUAUGGUAGUCCCCAGUCAUGUGGUGUUUGUUUACAGGCACACCCAAGCCUUGUGAAUCACUCAUUGUUGUGCAUCAUUCGCCAGGUGAUCUAGUUACAGAAUGGAAUUCAAAACUUAAUGUUUGCCUGCUAGAUAUCAUAUAACUAUUAAGUUAACUGUCUAAAAUGUGCUAAAUGCUCUGCAGUUUUUCAUUUGGUUUGCUAGUUUAGUAGCUAGUUAGUUAUCUAGCUAAGUUGUUAGCUUCUUCCCAAAUCAAGCAUUUGCUUGAUAACAGCAGAGAAUCUCCUCCUGGAUCAAGAGCCUCGCUGGCUAAUAUUUAUUUUGUGCUUGCAGAAAACUGUGCAUAGCAUUUUUUUUUAGUUACUUGUAUAGUUUAGGUCAGACAUUUAGUUGGCUUUCUCUAUGGGGUUUUACAUGUACUUGUUAGCAUUGCUAACCUUCGGAUUACAGGGUAUUAGUGGGCAUUUGAAAACGGCGCCCCUUUUGUUCAGUGCCGGUAUUACUGAAUAUCCCGGUAUGGCACAAGGUCAGUAUGAAGGUAUGACAAUCUGGAUACUGCCCAAGCCUAAUUGGCAUUUCAUUUUCCUGCUGUACCAAACCGUGACUUCAAAACUGCAAUAUGUACCGAACCGUGGGUUUGUCAAACGGUUACACCCCUUGCAUUUACUGAACAAAUGUCCCAUGUGUUAUUUUGUCUGUGGUGGUAUGUACAGUGCAUUCGGAAAAUAUUCUUUUUCCACAUUUUGCUUUGUUACAGCCUUAUUCUAAAAUGUAUUAAAUACAUUGUUUUCAUCAAUCUACACACAAUACCCCAUAAUGACAAAGCGAAAACAGGUUUUUAUUAAUUUGUGCAAAUGUAUUAAAAAUAUUCAGACCCUUUGAUAUGCGACUCGAAAUUGAGCUCAGGUGCAUCCUGUUUCCAUUGAUCAUCCUUGAGAUGUUUCUACAACUUGAUUGGAGUCCACCUGUGGUAAAUUCAAUUGAUUGGACAUUAUUUGGAAAGGCAUACACCUGUCUAUAUAAGGUCCCACGGUUGAAAGUGCAUGUCAGAGCAAAAACCAAGCCAUGAGGUGGAAAGAAUUGUCUGUAGAGCUCCGAGACAGGAUUGUGUCGGCACAGAUCUGGGGGAGGGUACCAAAACAUUUCUGCAGCAUUGAAGGUCCCCAAGAACACAGUGGCCUCCAUUCUUAAUUGGAAGAAGUUUGGAACCACCAAGACUCUUCCUAGAGCUGGCCGCCCAGCCAAACUGAGCAAUCUGGGGAGAAGGGCCUUGGUCAGGCAGGUGACCAAGAACCCUAUGGUCACUCUGACAGAGCUCCAGAGUUCCUCUGUGGAGAUGGGAGAACCUUCCAGAAGGACAACCAUCUCUGCAGCACUCCACCAAUCAGGCCACUCCUCAGUAAAAGGCACAUGACAACCCGCUUGGAGUUUGCCAAAAGGCACCUAAAGGACUCUCAGACCAUGAGAAACAAGAUUCUCUGGUCUGAUGAAACCAAGAUUGAACACUUUGGCCUGAAUGCCAAGCGUCACGUCUGGAGGAAACCUGGCACCAUCCCUAUGGUAAAGCAGCAUGCUGUGGGGAUGUUUUUGAGCGGCAGGGACUGGGAGACUAGUCAGGAUCGAGGGAAAGAUGAACGGAGCAAAGUAAACAGAGAUCCUUGAUGAGAACCUGCUCCAGAGUGCUCAGGACCUCAGACUGGGGUGAAGGUUCACCUUCCAACAGGACAACAACCCUAAGCACACAGCCAAGCCAACGCAGGAGUGGCUUCUGGACAAGUCUCCUGAAUGUCCUUGAGUGGCCCAGCCAGAGCCCAGACUUGAACCCGAUUGAACAUCUCUGGAGAGCCCUGAAAAUAGCUGAGCAGCUACGCUCCCCAUUCAACCUGACAGGGCUUGAGAGGAUCGGCUGAGAAGAAUGGGAGAAACUCCCCAAAUACAGGUUUGCCAAGCUUGUAGCGUUAUACCUAAGAAGACUAGGCUGUAAUCGCUGCCAAAGGUGCUUCAACAAAGUACUGAAUAAAGGGUCCGAAUGCUUAUGUACAGUGGGGGGGAAAAGUAUUUAGUCAGCCACCAAUUGUGCAAGUUCUCCCACUUGAAAAGAUGAGAGGCCUGUAAUUUUCAUCAUAGGUACACGUCAACUAUGACAGACAAAUUGAGAGAAAAAAAUCCAGAAAAUCACAUUGUAGGAUUUUUAAUGAAUUUAUUUGCAAAUUAUGGUGGAAAAUAAGUAUUUGGUCACCUACAAACAAGCAAGAUUUCUGGCUCUCACAGACCUGUAACUUCUUCUUUAAGAGGCUCCUCUGUCCUCCACUCGUUACCUGUAUUAAUGGCACCUGUUUGAACUUGUUAUCAGUAUAAAAGACACCUGUCCACAACCUCACAGUCACACUCCAAACUCCACUAUGGCCAAGACCAAAGAGCUGUCAAAGGACACCAGAAAUAAAAUUGUAGACCUGCACCAGGCUGGGAAGACUGAAUCUGCAAUAGGUAAGCAGCUUGGUUUGAAGAAAUCAACUGUGGGAGCAAUUAUUAGGAAAUGGAAGACAUACAAGACCAAUGAUAAUCUCCCUCGAUCUGGGGCUCCACGCAAGAUCUCACCCCGUGGGGUCAAAAUGAUCACAAGAACGGUGAGCAAAAAUCCCAGAACCACACGGGGGGACCUAGUGAAUGACCUGCAGAGAGCUGGGACCAAAGUAACAAAGCCUACCAUCAGUAACACACUACGCCGCCAGGGACUCAAAUCCUGCAGUGCCAGACGUGUCCCCCUGCUUAAGCCAGUACAUGUCCAGGCCCGUCUGAAGUUUGCUAGUGUGCAUUUGGAUGAUCCAGAAGAGGAUUGGGAGACUGUCAUAUGGUCAGAUGAAACCAAAAUAGAACUUUUUGGUAAAAACUCAACUCGUCGUGUUUGGAGGACAAAGAAUGCUGAGUUGCAUCCAAAGAACACCAUACCUACUGUGAAGCAUGGGGGUGGAAACAUCAUGCUUUGGGGCUGUUUUCUGCAAAGGGACCAGGACGACUGAUACGUGUAAAGGAAAGAAUGAAUGGGGCCAUGUAUCGUGAGAUUUUGAAUGAAAACCUCCUUCCAUCAGCAAGGGCAUUGAAGAUGAAACGUGGCUGGGUCUUCAGCAUGACAAUGAUCCCAAACACACCGCCCGGGCAACGAAGGAGUGGCUUCGUAAGAAGCAUUUCAAGGUCCUGGAGUGGCCUAGCCAGUCUCCAGAUCUCAAUCCCAUAGAAAAUAUUUGGAGGGAGUUGAAAGUCCGUGUUGCCCAGCGACAGUCCCAAAACAUCACUGCUCUAGAGGAGAUCUGCAUGGAGGAAUGGGCUAAAAUACCAGCAACAGUGUGUGAAAACCUUGUGAAGACUUACAGAAAACGUUUGACCUGUGUCAUUGCCAACAAAGGGUAUAUAACAAAGUAUUGAGAAACUUUUGUUAUUGACCAAAUACUUAUUUUCCACCAUCAUUUGCAAAUAAAUUCAUUAAAAAUCCUACAAUGUGAUUUUCUGGAAAAAAAAUUCUCAUUUUCAUAGUUGACGUGUACCUAUGAUGAAAAUUACAGGCCUCUCUCAUCUUUUUAAGUGGGAGAACUUGCACAAUUGGUGGCUAACUAAAUAUUUUUUUCCCCCACUGUAGAUGUGAUAUUUCAGUUAUUAAUUUUUUUAUACAUUUGCAAGAAAUUCUAAGCCUGUUUUCGCUUUGUCAUUAUGGGGUAUGUGUGUAGAUUGGGGGGGGGCGAUUUAAUCUGUUUUAGAAUAAGGCUGUAACGUAGCAAUAUGGGAAAGUCAAGGGGUGUGAAUACUUUCCGUAUGCACUUUACAUGCAUAAAUGUACAUCUAAAGUACAUGUUUGCAUUGUUGUAAGUCUCACUGGAUAAGAGCGUCUGCUAAAUGAAUAAAAUGUAAACGUAAUUUAUGCUUUGGUUCUUGCCAGUGUCUUGCCAAUGCUGCUGAUGGAGUGAGACUGGCAGCACGGAUUGUGGACACACCGUGCAACGAGAUGAAUACUGAUCACUUCUUGGAGGCAAGUGAUAUCCUAAUGGGGUUAUCGGUUGCGUCCCAAAUGGCACCCUAUUCCAUACACAGGGUACUGCUUUUGAGCACUAUGGGCUCUACUAAAAAGUUGUGCACUAUAUAGGGAAUAGGGUGCCAUUUGGGACGCAACCAUCAUAAAGCAAUAGCACCCAAAUAAUGGACAAUCGACAGUGACUUCUUAAAACAACUUAAUUCAACGAAAUGUACUUUAUUUGACUGGGUAUACCUUUUUGUCUUCAGGAGAUUAAGGCAGUGGGGACUGAACUGGGCAUUACUCCUGUUAUCAUUCGAGGAGAGGAACUGAAACAGAGAGGUUUUGGAGGUACUGUAUCAGGACAGGAGGGUCUUGGCUAUGCGUUAUGCUUGGCUGUUAUGCUUCUAUGGAUUGGGACCAAAGUAUGUGAGCGGAGCUGGAGCGGAGCGUGCCCAAUUUGACUGGAUCGCGGAGCGAGUUUCCCGAAGGCUGGAGCAUCAGCCUUCCUGCUCGCUUCAAUUUCACUCCAGUAGCGCUUACUUCACGAGCUCAGGGCAUGCCCGGCCCAGCAUGCAUUUGUAGGCUACUUGUGUGCUGCUAUAGCCCCUUGCUUUAGCUACUGUAAUGGAGUUUUCUAAAUAUUUUCAUAAAGAAACUGAUAAAGCACACCGGUGCAGAAUCAAGGUGACUUACAAAGAUUAGGACCAAGAGCAAGAGAGGGAGUGUUAUGAUGUAGUGUCCACAAUUAGUCAUCGCGAAAUCUGAAAAGACUCGUAUCCCGAAAGCAUGAUGGUGUACUACGUGCAAAUGCUAACAGAAAGUAGCGAGGUGGUUAGCAAGCUAAGUGUCAUUGUAGCAAAGUAUUUACAAACAAAAAAUCUGAUCUCCUUAAUUUUCAUUCAUUUUUGUUCUAGUAUCUAUACAAUAGACUAUCAUUGAUUUUGGCACAAUAGGCCUGACAUAUUACCUCUUUCCGUUUUGAUAGGGUUAUUUUGCCUAAAAACCUUUAGGCCUACCAAUAGAAAAAUAGAAAAAUAACUCUGCAUCCCUGCCCAGCCUGGCAAGAGUGGCCCGAAGGGUGUUUAGCUCUGCAAGCGCGGAGAGGGUAUUCUCUGCGUCUGGUCUGCUCUGCAGGCACCAUCACAUGAGCCUGAAGCCACACUCUGGCCAAACUUGUGUUUCUAAAAGUGAAUUCAAAGGCACUAAUAAUUAAUUAGAUUUGUAUUUAAUUCUAAGUAAGUCACAGCCUAUAUGCACAAUUUAUAGACUAUAAUGACUUAAUACAACAUAAAAUGUUUUUUAAAUGCUGAGCGCUUAAUGUUCCUGCCAGCCUAGUGUGUCGACACUCGCAAAUGCUUCAAAAUGUAUUUAUUUGUAGGCUAUAGCCUUGUAAUAAUAGGCCAAUAAUAUACAGUGCUAUGAAAAAGUAUUUGCCCCCUUUCUAAUUUUCUCUACUUUUGCAUAUUUGUGAUACUGAAUGUUAUCAGAUCUUCAACCAAAACCUAAUAUUAGAUAAAGGGAACGUAAGUGAACAAAUAACACAACAAUUGCAUAUUUAUUUUAUUUAUUUCAUAAACAAAGUUAUGCAACACCCAAUUUCCCCUGUGUGGAAAAGUAAUUGCCCCUUUACACUCAAUAACUGGUUGUGCCACCUUUAGCUGCAAUGACUCCAACCAAAUGCUUCCUGUAGUUGUUGAUCAGUCUCUCACGUUGCUGUGGAGGAAUUUUGGCCCACUCUUCCAUGCAGAACUGCUUUAACUCAGUGACGUGUGGGUUUUCAAGCAUGAACUGCUCGUUUCAAGUCCUGCCACAACAUCUCAAUUGGGAUUAGGUCUGGACUUUGACUAGGCCAUUCCAAAACUUCCAAUCUGUUGCUUUUUAGCAAUUUUCAUGUAGACUUGAUUGUGUGUUUUGGAUCAUUGUCUUGCUGCAUGACCCAGCUGCGCUUCAGCUUCAGCUCACAGACGGAUGGUCUGACAUUCUCCUGUAGAAUUCUCUGAUACAGAGCAGAAUUCAUGGUUCCUUCUAUUAAGGCAAGUCGUCCAGGUCCUGAGGCCGCAAAGCAUCCCCAAACCAUCACACCACCAUGCUUGACCUUUGGUAUGAUGUUCUUACUGUGGAAUGUAGAGUUUGGUUCUCGCUAGGCAUUACUGGAACCAUGUCGUCCAAAAAGUUAGACUUUUGAAUCAUCUGUCCAUAGAAAGUUCUUCCAAGAGUCUUGAUGAUCAUCCAGGUGCUUUUUGGCAAACUUGAGUCAACUUUUUGGACGAGAUGGGUCCCAUUAUGCCUGGCGAAAACCAAACACUGCAUUCCACAGUAAGAACAUCAUACCAAAGUUCAUGCUUGAAAACCCACACGUCACUGAGUUAAAGCAGUUCUGCAUGGAAGAGUGGGCCAAAAUUCCUCCACAGCGACGUGAGAGACUGAUCAACAACUACAGGAAGCAUUUGGUUGGAGUCAUUGCAGCUAAAGGUGGCACAACCAGUUAUUGAGUGUAAGGGGACAAUUACUUUUUCACACAGGGGAAUUGGGUGUUGCAUAACUUUGUUUAUGAAAUAAAUAUGUAAUUGUUGUGUUAUUUGUUCACUUAUGUUCCCUUUAUCUAAUAUUAGGUUUUGGUUGAAGAUCUGAUAACAUUCAGUAUCACAAAUAUGCAAAAGUAGAGAAAAUUAGAAAGGGGGCAAAUGCUUUUUCAUAGCACUGUAGCCUAAAUAAUUCAUUUUCAUUCCUCCUUAGGCUACCUGUCUGGCUCCUGACCUAUUUAAAGUGUUUGUAUGCUGUUUAAUACGACAUGUACAGUAGCCUAUUUGAAAUUGAGUGCUUUUAGUCACCUUUUCAUUUUUAUUAAAAUACUUUUAAUUAAAAUCAUAUGGUUUGGUUUCAAUACUUCAAAACCAAAUGGAAGUUCCAGGUAGUCACACAAAUAAAUGGCUGUUGGUUAAAUUGUGAUUUUAAGGAAUGGAGCGAAUUUGGAGCAUCAGUUUUUUUUCUUCCUGUGAGUGAGGAGUGUUUUUUAGCGGAGCGGUUGGAAAGAAUGUGGAGCGCCAAAGCAACUCCGCUCACAUACUCUAAUUGGGACUCAAAUCUGUUUGGUUCUUUGUUUGCCAUCACACAGACUAACGUGUGGGCCGGUUAGAAAAACGUAUUUUCAAACUGUCUGCGCUCUUGUGCAGUGUGUUUUUAUUUUUUUAGCAUAUGUAUUAGCUCGCAUGUAUGAUGACCACACGCUUUCUUCCACUUCCCUUUUGGAGUUUUUUGGGGGUUGGUUUAUUGGUUCUCUUCUCUUUGUCUUUGAAUGUGCAGUGUUUCUAUUCUGCUUUAUUACUUUCUCAGCAAAACUAGCUAAUUAAUGGGACCCAGAAGAUUUGGGCAAAAAGGAAUGUCAAAUUAAAUAGUUUUCCCACAUUGGAAUAAAGCUUGUAUUUUAGUUUGAGUUGUCAAAUGAUGCAGAUAUACUCAUGGUUGUUUUCCUGAUAACUCAAAAUUAGUUUCUGUGGUUAUCAACUCAAUCACUUUGGACUGUUUGGGCCCUCAGGGAUAUAUGGAGUGGGCAAGGCAGCGGUGAACCCCCCUGCUCUGGCAGUCCUGAGUCACAAACCAGAUGGCGCCACCCAGACUAUUGCAUGGGUGGGCAAGGGCAUCGUAUACGACACUGGAGGCCUCAGCAUCAAGGGAAAGGUAAAGGCAAGCAUGAGGCUGGUCAGUUGGGUUGCAUCCCAAAUAGCACCAUGUUCCCUAUAGUGCAAUACUUUUGAACAGAGCCGUAUGGGCCCUUGUCAAAAGUGGUGUACUAUAAAUUGAAUAGGGUGCCAUUUGGAACAGGUCCUUGAUGUGAUCAUUGUCUUUUGUAUAAUUAAAUGGGUAUUUAACAGUAGCCUGCGAAAUAAGUAUUCAGUUACAAUGUUGUAAAGGAUGAAUGUACUUUUUUAAUUUUUCUUAUAAGACCAACAUGCCUGGGAUGAAGAGAGACUGUGGUGGGGCAGCAGCCAUUUUAGGCGCUUUCAAAGCUACUGUCAAACAGGUGAGGUCUACCUACUACCGCUGGUUAAUCUUUCAAAUCAACCUCUUAUUUUGCAACAUAAGGUCCUGUUCGGAGACACCCUAUGGGAACGUAUUGACAGUUUGGUUAGAGCUUUUGAAAAGUUGUGUGCGAACCUUUUUUGAAAUGCAUGUCUUUUUUUUUCAGGGCUUCAAAGACAAUCUCCAUGCCGUAUUCUGCCUGGCAGAGAAUGCAGUCGGACCCACUGCCACACGGCCAGAUGACAUCCACACUCUCUACUCUGGAAAGUGAGUACCCUCCUAACUGUUGGGUUCAUUUUAACCAGUUAGGCAAAGUAAUGGGAAACAGGCCAAUACAAUGGCAACCUGAUGGAGCAAAGUAGGGUUUUUCCUUCUGAUGGGCUUUGUGUGGGAAAGACACAAUUGGCUGAUAUUUGACCAAGGAUCCAUUAUUACGUUGCUGGCUUAGUUUGUGGUUGAUUUGUGGUUUGAAUAGCCUUUUUUGUUCUCUUUUUCCUGCCUUUCUGAUGAAGGACUGUGGAGAUCAACAACACUGAUGCCGAAGGCAGGCUGGUGCUGUCUGAUGGUGUGGUGUAUGCCAGCAAGGACCUCUCUUCGGACAUCAUCCUAGAUAUGGCCACCCUGACAGGGGCACAGGUGUGUGACUGGCGGCCUCAUCUAGGACCACAGCACUGCAUCUUUGGCAACAACAGACACCUACAUUACUUUGGUGCCCCACAGUUCUUUAAUCACUUAUUGUUGUUGUGCUUCAAGCAAUGGAUAUAGUUUUGCCCUUAUAGAAUAGAUUUAAGCCUCUAGGCAUUUGAUAUAUUUGUAUUUCUAUAAUAUUUGGUCGGUACAUUAUUUUCAGAAGUGAUGGUUGGGUAAUAAAUGUUAGCACAAGGUAGUCACACCACAUGUACAUUGUGGAAACACUCAUAAAAGCCGGUCAGGGCUGUUUAACAGUCACUGCACUUGGAUCAGAGCCAUAUAUAGGCUAAAAUGAACAUGUGCAAAGGUUAACAGGGCUUGUGACAGACGUAAUUAUACCCAGUACCCCGAAAAGUUUUACUUUUGCUGAUGUUUGCCUUAACUGACAUUUUCGUGGGCUAAAGCUAAAACUCAGCACAUUCUCUGAGGAACUCAAAACAACUGUUAUCAAGGUUGUCUCACACAAAUGCAUGGUGUGUUUGUGUCCAACAAAAUCAUUAGGCCUAAAUAUUUGAUCUUCCUUAUAACAGUUGUGUUCUAACUCAAAACACAGCUUGUGCUGACAAUGAUAAAGCCACAUCAUGUGGUAACCCUCAUGAUGCACUGAUGAGCUCAUUCUGUAAGUCACAUGCACCACACUGAAUUAUUUUGGCUACCCAGUGAAGUAGUUAGCUAGUGAAAUGUCACUGAGGUCUGAUGCACAAAAACAAGGCAGAUUUUUGUUGCUGACCAUCAUAAGCGUUAGGUGAAUUUGUACUCAAUAUACACAUCACUGAACUUCUUAUUACCACCUUUCACUUUAGUUCAUUACCAUAGUUCCUGUAUAACAAAUUACUACACAAGUAUAUGUUUCAAACAAUGGUUUUAAUUUGUGUCUGGCUCUCCUAGGGGAUCUCCACAGGGAAGUACCAUUGUGCCGUGAUGACCAACAAUGAGCAGUGGGAGAUUGCAUGUGUGAGUGCAGGCCGCAGCAGUGGAGACCUGGCUCACCCACUGGUCUACUGCCCAGAGCUGCACUUCAGCGAGUUCACCUCAGCUGUGGCAGACAUGAAGAACUCUGUGGCUGUGAGUGGCCCCACUACUCCUCUCUCUGCUGUAUGCGCAGUCUACCAGGUCCUAAUCCUGGAUCGGAGUACAAUCAAAAGUAGCUCAGAAGUAGAGUUAAUGCUUCUACAGUUUAUAAUGAUUGUUGAUCAUUUUCCUUCAGCCUAUUAUAUAUUUUCUGGAUAAGAGCAUCUGCUAAAUGACUCAAAUGUAAAUGUAUGCCUUUUCUGUGUCUUUGAAAGGACCGGGAGAACGCUACGAGCUCCUGUGCCGGCCUCUUCAUCGGCUCUCACCUGGGCUUCGACUGGCCUGGGGUCUGGGUCCAUGUGGACAUAGCCUCCCCCGUCCAUGCUGUGAGUGACUGGAUAUUUGGGUUAAGUGGGGGUGUUUUCCUGGACACCGAUUUUAAGCCUAGUCAUGGACUAAAAAGAUAACUUAAUGGAGAAUCCCCACUGAAAAUGCUUUUUAGUUCAGGAUUAGUCUUAAUAUGUGUCCAGGAAAGUAUAAUAUUUUCAAUGUAUAGACAUGAUCUAUUAAAUCCAUUUCAGCCCCUCACAUAUCUUGACAGACUCAAAUAAACAAAGGAUCUUCAGAAAAAGUGUACCCAAACCUGCUUCAGCCCAGCUUGAACAAAUAGGGAACAAAGGAUCUUCCUCUGUAUACCUUAUCUGUCUAGUGCUUGCAGAUCGGUGAAAAAACAAAUGUGUAAGAGCUAAGGGAAGGGGGGCUGGGAACCAAAAUAGAGUUGAGUCAUGGUGUAACCUGUUCUCUAAUUUUCUUCCUUUCUGCAGGGGGAGCGUGCUACCGGCUUCGGCGUGGCUCUGCUCAUGGCUCUGUUCGGCCAGGCCUCCGACGACCACAUGCUCAACCAGGUGUCUCCUCUGGGGGCGGCCAGAAUGAAUGCUGCGUCCGGGGACCCGAUGGCGCGUGACAGCAAAAGGAGGAGACUGGUGUAAAACCUCUAAGCAGCCAACUCUGCCUCACCAACUCCAGACCCUCACCUGACCCACACACCUCCCCUCUUUACACUGACAUGCACUGAUCACCUAGAAAGCAUUUCCAAUCGUCAAUUCUUAUUCUACUCCUUUACAAUGCAGUGAAUAAAAUGUGAAAAAAAUAAGCAGGUGGCUAGAAUUUCUCUCAGAUUUGUUCAUGUUGUAUUUAAUUGACUCUUUGAUUUUUGUCUCAGAUGUCCCACAAAGAAUUGGCAGGAAUUAUGAAUAUGCAAAUGUUUAUAGGAUGUUGUACACUUAAGGGUUUUGCCUUCCUUGAAUAAUUACCGGAGCAUUAUCUCAAUUUCAGAAAAUGUACCAUAGCUGUAAUGAAAUCAAAAUACGCAGUCUGAAAUUGACUGUUAAAGUAACUAAAUGAGGUAUGUGAUCCUGUGUUAUAAGUGAUUUUCCUUUUUAUGUUUCAAUGUCUUUCUUGAGCAAAUUAGCUAGGCAAACAUGUAUUUUGGUUUGCGGCCAUAGCUUAUCCACUGAUGCCAAACUUGUCAUUAUGGACAUUGGGAAUAACGUGAAUAAUAAUAAAGCAAUCUUACCUGCUUUGUCUUAUUCCUUGUCAAAUGAUAAUUGCAUGAAAUAAAUAGACAAACUUGCCUGUAACAAA